CAGUUUUGAGAUGGAACCUAACCUAACCCGUGAAUGAAUAAGCGGCGCUGACGAUAGAGUUUUGAUUUUCGCCUAUUCACGCCGUCUACACGUAUAAACAAUUUUUCUUGCUACAAAAUACUACAUUAUUUGUAGUUACAGUCGAAAGAAGGAUGAGUUCUGUAGGAACAGGGUAUGAUUUGUCCGCCUCUCAAUUUUCACCUGACGGACGUGUAUUUCAAGUAGAAUAUGCACAGAAGGCUGUUGAGAAUGGAGGAACCGUGAUAGGUUUACGUGGGAAGGAUGGAGUAGUGUUUGCUGUUGAGAAGAUCAUUACUUCCAAACUAUUUGAGCCUGGAGCGAACAAAAGAAUAUUCAACAUCGAUCAGCAUAUAGGUAUGGCAGCCUCUGGUUUGAUAUCAGAUGCUGGCCAGAUCGCAGAAACUGCCAGAUCUGAAGCAGCACAAUAUAAAACUUUAUUUGGGGUUGGCAUUCCCUUGAAACGUUUGAAUGAAAAUGUAUCCAUGUACAUACAUGCAUAUACUCUGUACUCGGCAGUAAGGCCUUACGGCUGCUCUGUUAUUCUUGGUGCCUAUGAAAAUGAUGUACCGGCAAUGUACAUGAUUGAUCCAUCUGGUGUAUCUUAUGGAUAUUAUGGUUGCGCCAUCGGGAAAGCAAAACAGUCAGCGAAAACUGAGAUCGAGAAGUUGAAGCUCUCUGAAAUGAGUUGCCACGAAUUAGUGAAGGAAGCAGCGCGAAUUAUCUACCUGGUGCAUGACGAACUGAAAGAUAAGCAAUUCGAGCUCGAAAUGAGCUGGGUGGGUAAACACACGAACGGAAGGCACGAGCGUGUACCGCAAGAUAUAAAAGCGGAAACAGAAGCUAAAGCGAAGCAGGCGAUGGCAGAAGAUUCAGAUAGCGACACAGAAGACAUGUAAAUCGAUUAUAGUCUCCGAUACAUAUUUUGUACUUGUAAGUUAUCUAAUUUAAGUACGUCAAAACAGUGCUAUGGAAAUUUUUCUGUCUGCGAAUGAGCCCAAUAAAAACUGCUGCCUGUUGUUUAAGAAAACGGAAAA